UCCCCCAGCGACGUCGUUUUGCCAUUUUCCCCCGAAACCCUUCUUCCUCUUCUUGGCUGUAGCAGAGCGGCUUUACUCUUUGUGUUCUGUAUGAGUUUCGAUUCCUCCUUCCAGUUCCAGCUGAAAUCGUCUUCCUCUUCUCGUCGAACAGCUUCUAUUGGAAUUUGAAGAGUUUCUUCUGGAUUUCGAGAAGUUGGGAUUUAUUUUGUGUCAUUAGACGAAAGUAUACUCUUCUGCAAAUGGCAUUGGUUGUGAUUUGUGGACAACCAUGCAGUGGGAAGUCGAAGGCUGCGCUCUGCCUGGCCGUGGCUCUCAAGGAAUCAGGAUUGAACCAAAUAGUUAGGGUUAUUGACGAGACUUCCUUUCAUCUUGACCGUAAUGAAAGCUAUGCCAAUAUGCCUGCAGAGAAGAAUUUAAGAGGAGUGCUAAGAUCUGAAGUCGAUCGAUCAGUGUCAAAAGACAGUGUCAUAAUUGUGGAUUCUUUGAAUAGCAUCAAGGGUUACAGGUAUGAAUUGUGGUGUUUGGCUCGUGCAGCAGGAAUCAGAUACUGUGUUUUAUUUUGCGAUGCUGACGAAACCCAUUGCAGAAAAUGGAAUGAAGAGCGCAGGGAGAAGGGAGAAGCUGCUUAUAGUGAUAAGAUAUUUGAAGAUUUGGUGAGAAGGUUUGAGACACCGGAGAGAAGAAAUCGGUGGGAUUCCCCGAUGUUUGAGUUGUGGCCACAUAAAGAGGGAAUAGAAAAAACUUCUGCUGCCAUUCUAGAUGCUGUUUCGUAUUUGACAAAGAAGGCAGACGCAAAGUCACGGGAUGUUAAAACUUUGCAGCCAACUAUUGCAACACAGAACACACGUUUUUCCGAGGCAAAUUCUCUGUAUGAAUUGGACAGAGCAACGCAGGAGGUGAUCAGUGCUAUAGUGGAAGCACAAUCGCAAGCACUUGGAGGGCCUCUAAAUGGAGUUUCUGUUGCUCAGGGGUUGCCACCUAUCAAUAUUUCAAGAUCAGUUGGGCUUCCAGAGCUUCGUAGGUUGAGGCGAACUUUCAUAAAAUUGACAGGGCAAACGAGUUUAAGUGGGCGACCUCCACCUUCUGAUGCAGACAGUGCAAAGAGGAUGUUUGUUGAUUACUUGAACAGGGAACUGGAAACUGCUUGAAGGAGGAAAGCAAGGAUGAUGUUAAAGUUUUCGGGAGGUUUCCUUAGUUAUCUUUGUACCACCAGUCUAGUUUGCGCCAGCUUCCUGCUAGCAAACAUCGACGAAUCAUUCCUGCUUCAACCGACGGGAACUGGUACUGUGUUUGCCUAGACUUAUACCAAUGUCACUUAUUCACCACACUGAACUACAAAUCCAACAAUGUACUAUUCGGAAGCUGUUCUUUUUCGUACUUGCAAUGUCAUUCUUAGUAUUGUCACGUUGUGUUUCGUAGUUAAUAACUUGAUGGAAACGGCAUGGCUUCGAAAUCUGCAGACGGAUUCUUAGCCUGCCUCGAAUUCGAGCAGAUCGAUUUUGCUUUUAACUUAUAAGUAGUUACUGGUAAGAUGUUUCAAGAA